AUGGCUUCUCUUCAAUUGCGCGCUCAGCGUGCUGCUCUCCGGAGCUUGCGGACACCCACCACAGCUAGAUGUCGAACUACGAGGUUGCCUGCUUCUUUCUCCCGCUCUUACGCUACCGAGAUCGAGCCUGAAAGGCCGAAUAAGAAUACCCCCGCCCGACAGAGUAACGAGACAAAGGUGGGAAGGACAUUCCAAGGACAGGUCAUGGGCAGUAUUGGAUCUCGAUUAAGACGUGAGCGGGAGCAGAGAGAGAAGUACGAGGAGUGGCGCAACAUGACAGACCCUACAAGGAACUGGAUGGUGACAUUUGUCUUCCUCUCGGGCGUCGGUAUCUCAUACUGGCUUGGUACAUAUUGGCCAAGAGACCCCGAGCCUACGUCGACACUACCCCUCAACAAAUCCAAAGCUCCCAAGCACAACACGAAGCUCGAGAACAUGCAGGCUGCCUGGGCCGACUUUGUCAAGAUUGUCGGCCAAGAAAAUGUCAGCACCGCCGAGAACGACCUCGAACACCAUGCUACAUCCAGCUGGUCCUCUCACCAAGCUGGCCCCGAAGACCGUCCCUUUUGCGUUGUCUAUCCUUCAAGCACUGAAGAGGUGUCUGAGAUUAUGAAGGUUUGCCAUAAGCGCAAAAUUCCCGUUACAGGUUACAGCGGCGGUACCAGUCUCGAAGGUCACUUUACACCUACCCGCAAGGGCAUCUCCAUCGACUUUGGCCGUAUGAACAAGAUUAUCAAUCUUCACAAAGAGGAUCUAGAUGUUGUCGUCCAGCCUGCGAUGGGCUGGGAAGCUCUAAACGACCACCUGGGGCAUGAGGGUCUCUUCUUCCCUCCCGACCCUGGCCCUGGUGCUAUGAUUGGAGGUAUGAUUGGCACUGGGUGCAGUGGCACCAACGCCUAUCGCUAUGGUACUAUGCGCGAGUGGGUUCUCAGCUUGACUGUCGUUCUUGCUGAUGGUACUGUCAUCAAGACCCGGCAGCGACCUCGCAAGAGCUCUGCUGGCUACGAUCUCACCAAGCUGUUCAUCGGUUCUGAGGGUACUCUUGGCCUCGUGACUGAGGCUACUCUCAAGGUUACCGUCAAGCCUGAGUCUACCAGCGUCGCUGUCUGCAGUUUCCCCUCGAUCCGUCAUGCUGCUACUUGUGUGAGCAAGGUCGUGGCCCAGGGCAUCCCCGUUGCUGCUGUCGAGAUUCUCGACGACAACCAGAUGAAGUGCAUCAACGAUGCGGGCAUGACAUCGCGAGCUUGGACAGAGGCAGCAACACUCUUUUUCAAGUUCGCUGGAACUCCUGCCGGUGUCAAGGAGCAGGUUGCCCAAGUGCAGGGGCUCGCUAAGCAGGCUGGCAGCAAGACCUUUGAGUUUGCUAAGAGCCAAGAAGAGCAGGACGAGCUGUGGAGUGCACGGAAAGAGGCUCUCUGGAGUACCACAGCUGUCAAGAAGCCCGGUGACCACGUGUGGACAGGUGAUGUUGCUGUACCCAUGAGCAAGCUACCAGAUCUGAUCGAGGAGACCAAAGAGGAUAUGGCAAAGAGUGGCCUGUUUGCUUCUAUCGUAGGACAUGUCGGUGACGGCAACUUCCACACCAUUCUGCUGUACAACGAUGCUCAGCGUGCAAAGGCCGAGGCUGUUGUGCAUCGCAUGGUCAAGAAGGCUGUUGAGAUGGAGGGUACCGUGACGGGUGAGCACGGUGUUGGACUUGUCAAGCGGGAUUAUCUCCCUCAUGAGCUUGGCGAGUCUACAGUUGACGCUAUGCGACAGAUCAAGAAGGCCUUCGAUCCUCUAUGUUUGCUCAACUGUGACAAGGUUGUGCGGGUACAAAAACCCAAGAAGGGAGAGGUCGACGAAUGGUAG